AUGCCAGAUCAAAGCCCCCUUACGCGACCAUUCAUCCCAUCUUGUGUUACACCUGCUGUGUUGACUGAUUUGACUACGUCUGCCGGCAAGACCGCCAAGCCAAGACAAGCGCCUGCCGCAGAACUGAUCAGUUCAGUCCAACCCAUAGCAACUUCUAAGAAACGUGUCUCUAAGACUUCCAAAAGUGCUAAGAAGAAAAUCAACCCGGAGAUAGUUCCAUCCGAGUGGGACACUAGCACCAAAGAAGACACUAAAUCGGACAGACCUGAACCGACGACUUCAGCAGCGCCAAUGUUGAAAAAGUCUUCCACAAACUCUGACCCAUCAAGUAACAAAAAACCAGUCGACAAACUCCAGGAUAGAGAACAUGACCCGUUCAAAAGCAAGAAGCCCGUCAACAAACUCACCAACAGAGAAGUCUUGAACGGUAUUCAUAUAAAAAAGUUAUCUCCUGCGGAUAAGCCCACUGCUCCUCCAUUGGCUCCUUCCGUUCCCACCAAUCAGGCUCAAUCAGUCACUGAAGAGACUAAGAUUCAAUUGGUCGAUCCAGUCGUUCACAAAACUACCAACGAUUCCGAGAAAUCGACUUUGAUUCAACCAAAGGAGAGCUUCUUUACUCCCUCGUUUCCACCCGUGGAUAUCUAA